CCAUAGUAUGAUCGUCAGAGUUUAGCGGAGCUUAGACAAACAUAAGCUUUACCGUAGCUACACACACGUUUCAUUCAAAUAUUGACACAUUCUGGACAUUAGUGCGAGUACCUUAAGUUUAUACUUAGCUUUAGCUAUACGAUAUUUACUCACUAGCAAUGUACUCAUUGUAUGGAAAUUGAAUAAAUAUAAUUAAAAAUUCAAAAUUUAAAAAAACAUUUUUUUUUAAAAUCUAUUCAAAAGACAAAACGACACAGAUACAAUAACUAAAGUGUAAAGCUUGUUUAGUUUAAGUUUAACAUUCGGUCGAGUAAAUUAUCAAUGAACUUUUCAAACACUAGACGUGCGUAAACGUUAAAACAAAUAAUUAAAAUGGUGGCUCCUAGCAAAGUGUUUACCAGUCCUUUAAAAUGUUAUCACUGCUCACAGUCUAUAUUACAUCCGGGAGUAGGUUGUAUUCGAAAUUUUCUAGAUAAUCUCUUGCAUCAUGGUUUAUCCGGUUUGAAAUAUUUUUCUCCCUUAUUGAUAACUCCUUUAGUGAUGAAAUAUAAAACGAUGAACCGAGAAUUAUUUGUGAAUACCCUAAAAUAUUAUUUGCAAACUGUAUGUUCGGCUUCAAUGGCUACCUCAAGUGUGUUUCUAAUGAUUUGUUGUCUAAGAAAUUAUCUUGGAAACUUUCGUACCUAUACUACUCUAUUUUUACCUACCGUACUUGGUCUGCAGUUCUGUUGGUUUUUUCCGUCGCGAGUAAUGAAAUUAUUUACAACUGCAACAUCACAAACUAUACUGGAAGGUCUUUUACGGCAAAAUGAAAACAAAUUCACUCAUUUAAUUUUGCAUUCACAAAUGAUGCAGACAAUAUUAUUUAUGUUAAAUAGUGCAAUUAUUUUGCAUUAUAAACGAAAAAAUAUAUACAAAGAUUAUUGGUUUAUUCAACCGUAUGAAAAAUUAGAAGCAGCAAAAAAUGACGCUAACAAGGACGUCAUGAUCAACGGCAAAGCCGAAAGUGUUGAAUUAGUAUACAAUGUGAAAUGUCAAACAAAAUGUGUGCAUAAUAAUACAACAUGUGUGAAAUUUUUAUUGGAUGGGAUAAAAUCAUAUUUAGUUUAUGGUAUACCUUUAGAUUUGUUAGCCAUGUUAAUAAGAGGUAAAAUACCGCAAGGAACUCAGGGUUUUACACAGAAAGUUAUAGAAAAAUUUAAGACUUUUAGACCUAAUAUGACGGGAUUUUUUAUAUCAUAUGUUGGUAUUUAUCGGUUAUCUGCCUGCUUGUUGCGUAAAUAUUACGGUCAUUUAACUCCCGAUCUGCAACAUUUGCUGUCAGCUUUCCUAGGCGGCUUUUCGUAUGUGUGCUCUCAACGUGUUAAUUUGUUAUAUUUCUCCUUGGUUCUAUCAAUGCAACAGUUGUGGCAACAGUUUUGUACCAGUAUUAAAAGUGAUAAAAAGACUGGUAAACAAACUAAUUUAGUUUUGUGGAUUUUAAAGAGUGCUCCUAUGUCUCAAAUAAUAUUUUGCAUAAACUGCGGCUAUUUAGUGCAUAAUUAUAUUUUAAAUUACCAUUUGGUGAAUAGUUUGGCGAAAGGUUUUCUGGAUGCACUUACUUGUAACAGAAUCAAAAAUAUACGGGAUACUUUAAUAAAAAACGAUCUGCCAACCUUAAUUAAUAUUGCCGAAUCUAAUUCCAUAAGAAAAUUUCUUUAGUAAUUGAAAUUAAAAUGGCAUUAGUGUAUAACAGUUAAACUCAAGAUUAC